AUGGAGAUUGAAGUCUGUGAGGAUGGACUGGUGAGCUUUAUAACAGAAGAAGGAAAAUGCUACUCGGCACCCCUUUUGCAAACGAAUGGGCGCCUUGGUGGCCCUCCCCCGGGCGGUGGUGCCCCCUGGCACCUUCGAAAUGUCCUCAGCGACUCGGUGGAGAGCUCUGAUGAUGAAUUCUUUGAUGCUAGAGAGGAGGUGGCUGAAGGGAAGAAUGCCAUCCUUAUCGGGAUGAGCCAGUGGAAUUCAAAUGACCUGGUGGAGCAGAUGGAGACCAUGGGGAAACUGGAGGAGCAUCAAGGAGAAGGGAGCACGCCAUGCACUUCCAGCCUCCUCCAGGAGAAGCAGCGAGAAUUGUACCGGGUUUCCUUGAGAAGACAGAGGUUCCCAGCCCAAGGAAGCAUCGAGAUCCACGAAGACAAUGAGGAAGGCUGCCCGCAGCGCUCCUGCAAGACGCACGUCCUCCUGCUGGUGCUGCACGGGGGGAAUGUCCUGGACACGGGCUCGGGGGACCCAUCCUGCAAGGUGGCCGACAUCCACACCUUCAGCUCCGUGCUGGAGAAGGUCACGCGUGCCCACUUCCCCGCGGCCCUGGGCCACAUUCUCGUCAAAUUCGUCCCCUGUCCUGCCAUCUGCUCAGAGGCUUUCUCGCUUGUCUCCAACCUGAACCCCUUCAGCCACGACGCAGGCUGUCUCAGCAACAGCCAGGACCACGUCCCUCUGGCCGCCCUGCCCUUGUUGGCCAUCUCCUCCCCACAGUACCAGGAUGCGGUCGCCACUGUCAUCGAGAGAGCCAACCAGGUGUACGCGGAGUUCCUCAAGUCCCCCGAUGGGAUUGGCUUCAGUGGGCAGGUGUGCCUCAUCGGGGACUGUGUGGGGGGCCUCCUGGCCUUCGAUGCCAUCUGCUACAGCGCGGGGCCCACGGGUGACAGCCCUGGCAGCAGCAGCCGGAAGGGGAGCUUCAGCAGCACCCAGGACGCCCCGGUGGUGGCGGAGGAGGAGUGCAGCCUGGCCGGCAGUAAGCGGCUCAGCAAGAGCAGCAUCGACGUCUCCAGCGCCUUGGAGGAUGCAGAGCCCAAGCGGCCACUGCCACGGAAGCAGAGCGACUCCUCCACCUACGACUGCGAGGCCAUCACCCAGCAUCACGCCUUCCUAUCAAGCAUCCACUCCAAUGUGCUGAAGGAUGAAGCCGAGUCCCCAGCGGCCGGGGGUCCCCAGGCCCCCGAGGUCAGCCUGGGCCGCUUGGAUUUUGAGGUGUCCGACUUCUUCCUCUUUGGCUCGCCCCUGGGCCUGGUCCUGGCCAUGCGGAGGACGGUGCUGCCCGGACUGGAUGGUUUCCAGGUGCGUCCUGCCUGCAGUCAGAUCUACAGCUUCUUCCACUGCGCAGACCCCUCUGCCUCCCGGCUUGAACCUCUGCUGGAGCCCAAGUUCCACCUGGUGCCACCCGUCAGCGUGCCCCGCUACCAGAGGUUCCCGCUGGGCGACGGACAGCCCCUCCUCCUCGCUGAUGCCCUGCACACCCACAGUGCCCUCUUCCUGGAGGGCAGCUCCCGGGGCAGCCCGCCGCUGCUGGACGCCCCCGCCUCACCCCCUCAGGCCCCGAGAUCCCAGCGCCGGGCACGAAGGAUCAGCCAGGGCAGCUCCAGCGAAAGCUCGGAGUCCUCGGACAGCCUGGCCCCCGUGGGUGCCUCCCGCAUCACAGCCAAGUGGUGGGGCUCCAAGCGCAUCGACUACGCCCUGUACUGCCCUGACGUUCUCACGGCCUUCCCCACCGUGGCCCUGCCCCACCUCUUCCACGCCAGCUACUGGGAGUCCACGGACGUGGUGGCCUUCAUCCUGAGACAGGUGAUGCGCUAUGAGAGCGUGAAUGUCAAGGAGAGCGCUGGCCUGGACCCUGCGGCACUGAGCCCCGCCAACCCCCGUGAGAAGUGGCUUCGUAAGAGGACCCAGGUCAAGCUGCGGAAUGUCACUGCCAACCACCGGGCCAACGACGUGAUUGCUGCCGAAGAUGGCCCCCAGGUCCUGGUGGGGAGGUUCAUGUACGGGCCCCUCGACAUGGUGGCCCUGACCGGCGAGAAGGUGGACAUCCUGGUGAUGGCAGAGCCGUCCUCCGGCCGCUGGGUGCACCUGGACACAGAGAUCACCAACAGCAGUGGGCGCAUCACAUAUAGUGUGCCACGGCCCCGGCGCCUGGGGGUCGGCGUCUACCCCGUCAAGAUGGUCGUCAGGGGCGACCAGACCUGCGCGAUGAGCUACCUCACAGUGCUGCCCCGGGGCAUGGAGUGCGUGGUCUUCAGCAUCGACGGCUCCUUUGCGGCCAGCGUGUCCAUCAUGGGAAGUGACCCCAAGGUCCGGCCGGGGGCAGUGGACGUUGUCCGGCACUGGCAGGACCUGGGCUACAUGAUCCUCUACAUCACGGGGCGGCCGGACAUGCAGAAGCAGCGGGUGGUGUCGUGGCUGUCCCAGCACAACUUCCCACAGGGCAUGAUCUUCUUCUCCGAUGGGCUGGUGCACGACCCGCUGCGGCAGAAGGCCAUCUUCUUGCGCAACCUGAUGCAGGAGUGUUUCAUCAAAAUCAGUGCAGCCUACGGCUCCACGAAGGACAUCUCUGUCUACAGUGUGCUGGGCCUGCCACCCUCCCAGAUCUUCAUCGUGGGCCGGCCUACCAAGAAGUACCAAACCCAGUGCCAGUUCCUGAGCGAGGGCUACGCGGCACACUUGGCGGCGCUGGAGUCCGGCCACCGCUCGCGCCCCAAAAAGAACAGCUCACGCAUGAUCCUACGCAAGGGCAGCUUCGGCCUCCACGCGCAGCCCGAGUUCCUGCGGAAGCGCAACCACCUGCGCCGGACCAUGUCGGUGCAGCAGCCCGACCCGCCCGCCAACCCCAAGCCCGAGCGGGCCCAGAGCCAGCCCGAGUCCGACAAGGACCACGAGCGGCCCCUGCCCGCGCUCAGCUGGGCGCGCGGGCCCCCCAAGUUCGAGUCGGUGCCCUGAGGGCGGGGCGGUGCAGCAGAGCAGGGGGUGGGGG